CAAAAUCUUCAUAUUAAAAAGGAACACAAUAAAUUUUAGGAGUAAAAUUUCAAAUCAGAAAAAAGAAAAAAAAAAAAAGGGAGAUUCAUCAGAUCCUAAGUUGGAUCUUUGACGACUCGGACGGGGAGGCGUUGGUAAGGGGAGAUCCGUCAGAUCCACAAACAUCCUUCAAUACGGGCAAAUCAAACAAAAUCGUCGAACGGAAAUAAAUGGAUCAACUCAAAUUGAAGAGGUGCAAAAGAUAUUCGAUCGCUGUGUUUAAAGACGCCGGAGAAGUGGAGAAAUCAGAUUCCGAAUGGGAAGCCAUGACCGGCGGACAGAGGGAUUUAGUCUCGGUGGUUAUAUCGGCGUUGCGACUUGAGAGCGAGAGAAAAAUAAACGGAUUUGCUUUUCAAUUUCAGAUGAGAUUAGAUAAACUGUUGAUCACGGGUUUUAUGGUAUUCAUUCUGAUACAUCAAUUCCUGUUGUUUACUUGUGCGGCCGUGCCAUUGACAAGGAACCACAACAUUCUGCUGUGGGGGACUUCUGAUCGUGAACUUGAUCAGAACCACGCCGCCGAUAUAAAAGAUUCUAAGGAAGGAUGGGUAUUCAGGCCAGCAAGAUCCCCACCGCCGGCGCCAAAACAUAAUCAUCCAAGUCAAUUCAUAGUAGUCCCUCCAGGGCCAGAACCAGCCAGGUCCCCAUCGUCGCCGCCGUCAUCUUCUCCUCCUCCUCCCAAUCCUUGUUAUCAUCAUCGUCUUGGCUGCAUCCGCCCACACAAUAAUAAUAUUGACUAUUAUAGUAAAAUAUAA